AUUGGUGUAGUUUAAUUUAUUCCAUUGCCUUUGCCGCAGCUAUCUUCUUCCACUCGCCAUGGCUCUCAUCUUCUUCUCUCUCCUGACAAUAGCAUUAGAAUUCUUGUAUUUGCGUGGGGUUACACCAUUCAACUUCAGUUAUCCGGCAGUCUUCAACUUCGGUGAUUCAAAUUCAGACACCGGUGGCCUCGCCGCCGGGAUUGCUUUCCCUGUGGGGCCGCCGAAUGGACAAACCUAUUUCCUGAAGCCAUCAGGACGAUUCUGUGAUGGCCGUUUGAUCAUCGAUUUUUUGAUGGAUACAAUGGGUGUGUCACCCCUUAAUUCAUACUUGGAUUCUGUUGGUGCACCGAGUUUCGAGAGGGGGUGUAAUUUUGCUACCGGAGGAUCGACCAUACUUCCAGCCAAUGCAAACUCCAUAAGCCCAUUUUCGUUUCGAAUCCAGGUGGCUCAGUUUGUCAGAUUUAAGGCCCGAGUUCUUGAAUUACUAGCAAAAGACAAAAAGUUACGAAAAUUCCUACCUUCAGAAGACUCUUUCAGGCAGGGUCUUUACAUGUUUGACAUUGGCCAGAAUGAUCUCGACGCUGCAUUGUAUUCAAAAUCUGAGGAUCAAGUCACUGCUUUAAUUCCAACUAUCUUGGCAGAAUUAGAGAUAGGAAUAAAGACACUUUAUAAUGAAGGCGCGAGGAAUUUUUGGAUUCAUAACACGGGUCCUCUUGGAUGUUUACCUAGAAUAAUUGCCAUAUUUGGGAAAGACCCUUCCACGUUGGAUGAAGUUGGAUGUGUCAAAGUUCACAACCAUGCUGCUAUGCUUUUCAACACACAACUCCAUUCUCUAUCCAUGAAGUUCCAAGAACAACUUCCUGAAUCCAACGUCACUUAUACCGACAUCUUUUCCAUAAAAUUUAACCUCAUUUCGAAUUUCUCUCAACUUGGUUUCAAGCAGCCUUUAUCAGCUUGUUGUGGGUAUGGUGGUCCUCCGUUGAAUUUUGAUACUCGGAUAGCCUGUGGAGAAACCAAGAACCUGAAUGGUACAUUGGUGACUGCAAAACCAUGCAAUAACACUGAUGAAUAUGUAAAUUGGGAUGGGAAUCAUUACACAGAAGCUGCAAAUCUAUUCAUUUCAUCACAAAUCCUUUCAGGAAAGUACUCUGGACCCGCCUCUAUUGAUGAAUAUCCCAUUUUUAGCUGGCUUCAAGUUGAAUGAGUACAGAUUAUAGUACUAACUUGUAUUGGCUUUGUUUGGAUUAUUGUACUUAAUUUGUUGUAUUAACUUGCUUGGGUCACAAUUUUUAACCCAUUAUCCAUUACUCCGUUCAAUUUGUCCAUAAAUAAAUAGAUUGGGU